CCCAAAGCCACCGGAAGCAUUCCUCCCAGGAAAGGUGGAGUUGGUGGUGAGAAGCUGGAGGUGAGAAGACACCUGGAAGGACAGAUUAAUUCAUUUUCUUAGUUUCCUAUGUGGAGACAGUAUUAGAGCCCAGCGAGGCUUUGGGACGGCCCAAAGAUGAGCACCAACAGCAGCAUGGUGGGCCAGCUGCUCUGGCAGGGGCCAGCAUGCACCAGCUGGAAGCAGGACUUUGAAGGGGCUCUCUACCACCUGGCCAACUGCUUCUUGCUCCUGGGCUUCAUGGGGGGCAGUGGGGUGUAUGGGUGCUUCUACCUUUUUGGUGUCCUGGGUAUGGGCUACCUGUGCUGCAUGCUGUGGGGCUGGUUCAGUGCCUGUGGCCUGGACAUUGUCCUGUGGAACUUCCUGCUGGCAGUGGCCUGCCUGCUGCAGCUGGUGUACCUGGUAUACCGCCUGCGCAAGGACACCCUUCCUGAGGAGUUUGACCUCCUCUACAAGACGCUGUGCCUGCCCCUGCAGGUGCCCCUACAGACAUACAAGGAGAUGGUUCACUGCUGUGAGAAGCAGGUCUUGACUCUGGCCACUGAGCAGACCUAUGCUGUGGAGGGUGAGACACCCAUCAACCGCCUGUCCCUGCUGCUCACUGGCCGCAUUUUCCAAGGGGAAACCAAAUCAUGA